AUGUCAGAAGGUACCAUACCACCGUCCACCAACAUGCAACUCAUCACCUCAACGGCGCAUAACAAGAUCAGUUGCCCAUUACACAAAGCAGACACAGUUUGUAUGUCCAUGACUCUGGCAGUAACCUGUUCAAAGCAUCUGCAUCAACAUUCCUGGCACCCAGAACUCCAGGGAGAAGUCAUAGGUCGCACGUUCUGCAAGCCAACGAUGCUCGGUUGCAUCCAAGUUAGUGGAGCUGCUGCAAUAGUCUUUGCUCGUCAUGGAUAUACUGCCACAUUGUCCUGGAGACUACCUCAGCCUGGGGUCAGGGAGUUUACAGUGAGACAGAGCCGCAGGGAAGCUACUCUGUUCCAUGUGACCAACUAUAACAAGGUGAACAUCGCCAGUGCAUACAGGACAAGGGCUGUGUUUACUGGGAACAUUAACUCCUCAGGAUCUGGUGUGUUCAGUUUCCUGCUGAAUGAUGUAGUGUGGAAAUCUGAUGAUGGUUUCUACAGAUGUCACAGAGGUUCACCAGGCUCUACAGAUCAGAUUUCUAACUGUUUUCAAGAGAUUUAUGUCAUAUAUAUUCAAGACCCGUACAUAGUUGCCUCGGAGACAAUUCCGCCUGGCAGCAGUGCCAUGCUGACAUGUUCCUCCUUUACCAGGAGCUACUUCAACUACUACUACUACAUCCCUGACGUGUAUUUCACCUGGAGGAAGAAUGGUGACCAGCUGGAGACAGGAGGCAGGCUGCACCUGACAGAAGAUAAUGAGCGAUUGAGGUUGUACCACUACCGCUACUACAGCACUCUGACCAUCAGUGCUGUGAGGAAAGAGGGAGAUCACUACACAUGUCAGGGUGGCAUGAACCAGAUGUGGAUGACCAACUGGAGUGAGGAGUACACCCUGGGUAGGACUCUCAACGCUACUGUCGAACCAGUUCGACAGAGUCUGUCACUACCCGUGUUGCUACUGUUGAACCAGUUCGACAGGCGAAUAGCAUAA